UGUAAAUCUUGUCUAAACUUUUGAAAAUAAUUAUCUUUUUUUUUUAAUAAAAAAAACAUAACCAUAAAUGAUUAAUUCUGAAAUCAUCAAAGCAAAUGAUGACAUAACAAUAGUGAAACAUAAAAAACAUGGAAAAUUGAAUCGUUUCUUUUCACAUUUUAAACACAAAUCACAUCAUGAUCAUCAAUUAAAGAUGAAAAUUGUAACACCCCCACCUACAUUACCAAUGUGUUCUAUGAAUCCUGAAUCAUUAGAGACUAUAUCUUCUAUAAAUCCUCAUUCACAUGGUUGUUCAACAAUUUCAAAUUGGUUUACUGGUAAAGGUAAAGAGAAUGUUCAUGAUAAACGAUCAAGUGUAAAACGGAGAAAAUAUGAAGAAAUUCAAGGAACUGUAGUAUUUGAUCAAACAAGCAAUUCUGAUGUAUAUGAUAGAAUUUUAAAAAAUAGUAUAUUGGGUACAAGACUAGUGAAAAAAGCUGUUAUAUGCAAUCGUCGAUCAGGUGCGAUAAAUGCUUAUGGACCAGAGGAUUUUACACCAUCUAUUGAACAAAUUAAUAAAUUUAUGAUAUUAUCACAGGCUGAACGAGCGGAUCGUGUAAUUAUAGAUAAACAUUUUCAAAUAGCUAUGGAUUCAUGCUUAUAUAAAGAUGUAGAUGAUGAAACUGGUGUACUUUUAGCUGAUAUAAUUCAAUAUUAUACAAGACCAAAUACAAAUGAAUAUAAUACUGGUAAAUAUGAAUUAAGUGGUUUAUUAACAAAAAACUCCUUAUUAAUUGCAAUCUAUGAAAUUGGUAAUCGAACUAAUGAUGCAAAACAAUUAUUAAUUGAAAUGCGGGAUUAUUUUGAUGCUCAAGGAAUGUAAUUAAUUUUUUUUUUAUUAUUUUGUUAAAUACUAUUUUAAUUCUUUUCUUGACUAUUUACUGACGCUUGUUACUCUUAAUGGAGAAUAGGCCACCAACCAGUACUCACCAAUCCACUCUGUUCUGGACCUUCCUUUCUCGUUCUAUCCAAUUAUUGUUCAUUUUUCUCAUGUCUAUCUCCAUUUCCCGGCGUAUUGUGCUCUUUGGUCUACCACUUCUCCUUUGAUCUUGAGGAUUACAUGUGAGGGCUUGUCUUGUGUUGUAGUUCAGUGCUUUCCUCAAUGUGUACGCUAACCGAAAAAAAAAUUAUACUUGGCUAUUUUUAAUUUUCUUAAAUCAUUGGAAUUUGGUUAAUUGAUUAUUAAUUUCAUCAAUGGUUACAUUCUGCUAUUUAUAUUUUAUUUAUGCUUUAUUUUGCUUGCUUACAAUUGAACUUUCGAUUUUCGAAUGUUUAUUUUGUAUACAGUUAUCUGAUAUUGACUUUUAAAUGGCUUAUAGUUGGAAUUUGGUUAUUUUAUUUUUUAAGGAAAGCUCCUUUUUUUAUAUAUUGUACAUUUUGUGGAUUUGAUUUGAUUACAGUAAACAUAAUAAAAAUAUUCUGUAUACCCAAAGAUUUAUUGUUGAUGAAUGGGACGAGUAACUGUUAAUUCGUAGAUUUCACUGAAUUAUUUUUUUCUAGUUAGCGUUUUUUAGCGAGUUAGUUGUCUACGGAAUGGGAUCGCUAACCCAAUGACCAACCCUCCUCCUUUAUCCGGACUCUGAAACGGCAGUAGCCUCAGAGGGGUUCCAGAAGGAGUUAGAUUUUAUUGAUUAUAUUGAAAUGAUUUAACUAUAGAAUACUAAUAUUGUUAACUUGUGAUCUACUUUAUUGACUGUUGAGUGUGAAAAAUUCACUUUAAUUAGAUACAUUCGGUCAAAUGAUUUGAAUACAUAAUCUUUU